UCCAUCAAGCAGUCCUGCACACUGUUUUUGCUUGAUUACUUUAGAACACGAACAGGGUGGAGACUGCCAAAAAACCCUUCCCCACUGGCUUUUUAAGGAGUCCUCAUGCUCCAGGUUUCAGAAGGAGCAUCUUUACCCAGAUAUGGAACUCUUCAUUCUGCUACUCCUCAGCAUUUGCUGUUGUUGCCAAGCCAAACUUCUACAACUGGACUGCAAUGACCAUGACGUCUUCAACGCUGUGGACAUAGCCCUGAAGCGAUAUAAUGGCGGUAGACGACGUGGCAGCGUAUUUGCUCUCAGUAGAAUCCUUGAAGCCAAUACAACAACAGACCCUGGCAAAAAUUUCCUUCUGAAGUAUGAAAUAAGGGAAACCGCUUGUACUAUUGAAGAAGAAGUUCCCUGGCAAAACUGCAGAUUCAUAGGCGCCUCAGAGGGAGACUCAGGCGAGUGCACAGCUGAAGUUCACACUGAUGUCUUUCUAAGCCUUUCCAGUGUUAAACAGUCAUGCAUAAUUAAACCAGCUCCAGGGAAGGUGACCCUCUCCCAUUCUCCUUGUCUUGGCUGCUGGGAAUGCGUAAAUACCAAGAAGUCAGAACUGCAGCCUAUUGUGAGAUACGGCAUGGAGCAAUUUAACAACAGAAGUAACAUUAAAUGGCUUUUUGAUGUUGGAGAUAUAAUAAAAGCACAGACUCAGGUGGUCAAUGGAUGGAAUUACAAAAUUGACUAUCAGAUAAAAAAAACAAAUUGUACCAAGAACAAAACUCAUAAGUUGACUCCAGAGUGCCAUAUCAUUCCUGGAGAUCUUGAAGGUAUCUGCAAAAUCUCUGCCUAUGAGCACUAUACAGGCAAGAUUAUGAGUGCUACACAGACCUGCACAUUUACCGUUAACAAAAUUGUUGAUUGUACUGGUUGCCCAGUAAAUAUUUCACCUCACAGUCCAGAACUGCAGGAACCUCUGUCAUUUGCUCUGAAGAAGUAUAACUCAGAAAGCCAUGAUGACUUCUAUUAUAAAGUUGUAGUGAUAACAGAAGCUACAGCCCAGAUUGUGGCUGGAAUAAUAUAUCGAAUAGACUUUGAUAUUGGGAGGACAAAUUGCUCCAAGGCUGAGUUCCCAAUAAUGAAUGACAGUUGUACUACUACAAAGUCCAGUCCUCUGUUGACGUGCAACGCUGAGAUUUAUGAAAAACCCUGGGAGUCAGCAAUCCCCGUAAUAACAGUGAAUUGCACGAAAAAGAUGCAGGCGCAGGUUGCCAGGAGGCUUCCAGGUUUUACCCCUUUCCGGAGCAUAGCCUUAACCGAUAAAAAGAAACCUCAUGAAGAUGUACAAAAGCAAGAAAUCCCGAAGCAACCAUCCACUUCAAAACCUUUUCUACAACAGGAAGAUGAAGAUUUUUUUAGGUCCCUCAAUCAAGGCAGCCCUGGAAGCUCAAUUUCUUUAUUUGACCGACUGCCGGAUCUGCCAGAACCACUUGCUCCAAAGUGUCCAGGGAGACCAUGGAAACCUAUUGCACUUCCCGUAGCCCCGCUUCAGGAGGAUUUUAAGGACUUCACACUUGAAGAUCUUCUACCGCUCCCUGAUGAAGUAACGGCUGAACCCCACAAAACAGAUUCAGACGCCAACAAGCAAAACUCUGGAGGUUUUGAUCUUGCAGAUGCUCUGCUGUAAUUAAAAAAAAACAAUUUAUUGUGUCUUCAAGAACUCAUAAAACCCUGCAGCAAUGGAGGUGAAAAAGUUCUUGGGACUUUGGGGCUGCAUGCAGACAUAACAUUAGAACAGGAGUGGCGGGCACAGGUCCUUCUCCUGCAGAUCCUUGAGCUCGGCUUCCUCUCGCCUUUGCAAAGUCAAUGACAAAUGUACAAAGCAGAAAUGUGAACACUGAUUCGGUCAGCAAUCUUGCUUCUUCCCCCCCCCCCCCCGCCUCUCACCAAGAUGCUUCAGAUGGGCUCUCCCUGCGUCUUUUAUUUGUAAAGUGCAGCAUGCAUCUUCAUUUAAACAUUCUUCACCUUCCCUUGUUUUCAAAAAGGAUAGAAGCAAAAGCAAAUCUGAAGAGUUAUCAAACUGCUCCAGGCAUUUGGGGUGGGUGGGGGUGUUCAGGACAUCACAGGUAUCAGCCAAUCAGCACUAUGCACAGUGGCCCCCUGCAGUAAACUUGCAGAACCAGUUAUCCCUGCCUUAACCCUAGAGAGAAAAUUGCCCAUUUGAACAAAAAUGGUAAUUAUGCUUCUAGAGCAGUCCCAGUGAUCAGUUAAACUUUAUGCUUGUCUGCAGCCUCAUAAAUGUUAUGUCUACAGCCCGGGUUAGUCAGUCAUUUUCUGUGAGAAUUGAAAGUGUGAUUUUGCUUCCUUAGCCUGAUUGUUUUCACCCCUGAAACAUUGGAAAUAAUUUAAUUGAAGUCAGUAGAACUAGAGUAGCAUUAAAACGCUAAAAAUGAAAAGAGAAUGUAGUCAAAUCUAUAAUGCAGUGAAUUUAGCUUUGCUUUUUUCUUUGGCUAUUGCAAAUAAAAAUCAAGCAUCAAAGCA